CUCCCUGUUACCCUCAAUUCUCCCAAAAAAUAAGUAUACUUAUAAAUAGUCCGUGUUUAAAUUAUCCCUACAAUAGCGAACAAGAGAUCGAGAGAGGUUUUUCCAGAAACCCAGCGACAUUCAAGCUGACAACCUUUACAGUUUCAUUUCCAAGCUUGACGCAAUGGGAACUUAUCUUACUAAACCUAAAACAGAGAAGGUGUCUGAAGACGGAGAAAAUCAUAGAGUAAGAUAUGGAUUGUCAUCUAUGCAAGGGUGGCGUUCAUCCAUGGAAGAUGCACAUGCAGCUAUUCCAGAUUUGGACAGUUCUACAUCUUUUUUUGCUGUUUAUGAUGGUCAUGGAGGAAAAGCGGUCGCUAAGUUUUGUGCGAAAUUUCUUCACAAGGAGUUACUUGCUGAUGAAGUGUACUUAGCUGGAGAUUUGGCGAAAUCGUUUCAAAGAGCUUUUCUCAGAAUGGAUGAGAUGAUGUCUACCAACAAGAAGUGGAGAGAACUGCUCUGGGAUGAUGUACAAAAAGCUGAUGAUGGUCUUGAUGAUGAAUUACUUUUGAUGGGUGGUGGAAACAAGGAUGAGACUGAUCUAAUAUCAAAAGAGGAUCCUGAUUCUGAUUCGGACGAACCAUCUUCUGGAUGCACAGCAUGUGCUGUAAUAAUUCGAGAUAACAUGUUGGUCGUUGCUAAUGCUGGUGACUCUCGCUGUGUAAUUUCAAAGGGUGGUCAAGCUUAUGAUGUAUCCAAGGAUCACAAACCUGAACUUGAGGCUGAGCAAGAAAGGAUUUUGAGAGCUGGAGGCUUUAUCCACGGUGGAAGGAUAAAUGGUUCUCUAAAUUUGACAAGAGCCAUUGGAGACAUGGAGUUCAAGCGUAAUAAACUGUUGCCAGCAGAAGAGCAAAUAGUGACUGCAAAUCCAGACAUAAGCAUUGUGGAUCUCUCUGAAGAUACAGAGUUUAUUGUGCUGGCCUGUGAUGGAAUUUGGGACUGCAUGUCAAGCCAAGAAGUGCUAGAUUUUGUACACGAACAAUUAAAAUCGCAAACUAAACUUUCGGCCAUAUGUGAACGGAUAAUGGAUAAAUGCCUGGCGCCUUCGGUUGGUGGUGAAGGUUGCGAUAAUAUGACCAUAAUAUUGAUUCAGUUGAAGAAACAAGCAACCUCGAGUUCUGGCACUAGGGAUGAACAUUCUAUUUCUGAUAAGCCACAAGAAAAUAGUUCGAAGAAAUGAAUUGAUUUUGUAGAUUUUAUGUUCCCCUUACUGUAUUUCCUGUGCAUAUUGUCUUUUUCAAGUUCGGAGUUGCAUAGUAAUUACAGGUUUUGAUCUUUGAAUGUUUGAACAUAUUGUACUUAUUUUCUAGUUGUUGAUACAUAGAGAAAUUGGGUGCAUUUAAAAA